AUGGCCAAAUCACCAUACCUGGAAGCUUUGGAGCGUGAUGGCUUUGUUGUUAUCCGAUCCGCUCUUAAACCUCAAGAAGUACAAGAACUAAGAUCUUCUUGUCAGAAGGUGACAGCAAAUGCACGUGCAGGUAAAUGGCCCAACGUGCGGACGCUACCAAAGCAAUUUCCUCCUUGGAACGUCGAGGAAGGUCACAACCCAGCUGAGGCUGGAAUUUGGGGUGUACAAGGUCUGAUGCAUCCAUCGAUGCUCGAUCAUGAACUGUUUACUGCGACAUACUUCUCGGACACGUUGAUCAACCCAACAAAGGAACUCCUGGCAUGUAGCGACGACGAGUUGGUCAUGGAGCUUUUCAACCUUCUGGUCCGUCCAGACCAUGAUUUUGAGCUCCGUUGGCACCGUGAUGAUAUUUCCGACAAAGCAACACCGGAAGAGGAGCUCGAGCGACUCAACAAGCCCGCAUGGCAUACACAAUGGAAUCUGGCAUUGUACGAUGAUGCUAGUCUGAUCGUAAUACCUGGCUCUCACACACGUGCGCGUACAGAUGCAGAGCGAGAGGCAGACCCAUACGCAAAAGGCCUUGAAGGAGAGCUGCACGUACAAAUGGGGCCAGGAGAUAUUGUUUUUUACAAUAACAACAUACUCCACCGUGGGGCGUAUAACAGCGAGAAGGAGAGAAUGACAUUACACGGAAGUGUUGGACAUGUCAAGGGAGAAAGCCUCCGUGCGAGGAAUGUCCUACAGCAUGGUCUUCGAGAUUGGAUUGGUCAAUGUGAUUUCUCACGGGUGCCAGAGUCUGGUCGUGAGCGUGCAGAAGGAAUGCGAAAGCGACUCAUCGAAUUGGGUAUGAAAUCAGGCGAUGUGGGAUACUCACUGGAAGGAUAA